CUAUAUUCUUGCCGAUAGACGAAAGAUUAUACUGCACGAAUUAUUGAAGAGAUAAAAAGAGGAAACGUUUGUUCGCAGUUGUAGGGAAAGCGACAUCUGCAACGAAUGUGCUGCCAUCUGAACGACUUUUAUUUUAAUGUGAACUAGCAACGAUAGAUAGCGUCACCUGCUAUCUUGUGCACGUUUAAAAAAAAGCAAAGGACAACAAUACGCGAUCGAGUGCGGUGAAAAAAUCGGUGAAAUGGUGGAGUUGUGUCGCGAGUAUAUUUAGAAUCAGGUAAAAGGAAAGAAAAUAGGAUAACAACUGGAAAUUUGCAGAUACCACUUGCACGUUCCUUGGAUCACGAGAUACAACGACCCUAUGCCGCACGUGUCCGCUGAAUCUUUUAUAUGCAGUUGGUGCUGUCUUUGUAAAUAUCGUAAGAAGAUUCUAUAGCGUUUCAACCGGUCAAUUUCCUGGAUGAUUAACUACCUACAGCUAAAGAGUGUACGAUGUUGGAAGGUGGACGUGCAGUGAUCCGGCUCCUUGUAUCAGCCCUACAAGCUGCACGCCACCCGAAAGAUUCACCUACUAACCCAGUUGCACCUGUUUGAACCCACCAGUUGCAGAGUCCUGCACCGUAACCCCAUGACGCAUUUAACACAUGGCCCGCCUGGAGAAUUCGAGGCGGGAGUACCACAGUCUUAGUCGAGAAAGAAAACGUUCAUGUCUUGUCACGUUCGAUAUUCUGGAUUACCAAGCAUAGUGGUGCAUAAAGGCAGCAGGUCGCACAGCCGACCUGAGAGUCCCACGGUGGUGGUGCGAGGAGGAAUGCCAUCAGUGUCGUCCACUAGACAAGGCUUCGUCGUUGGUGAACGCUCGAACGCGUUGUAUCGGAACAGUUCAGAGACGGAUAUGAUAGACGGGAAUGUCAAUCCGAAUGUCGCUUCUUCUCCAACAUCGAAUUCGGUCCAGCAUCGUGCAUCGCCCUCUUGUCCCCCCGAUAAAACGGACACAGAGAACAAGAACUUUCGUAACAGGACGAACACGAAAGUGAAACUGCUGGUCAGGAGUCAUGCUAUGAGAGAAUCGACGUCUCCACCGAGGGAACCGCACAACGGUUCGUCGUCUCCGCAUAGUCCUCAAUCGGUGGACGGUGAGAAGAAGUUCGUGGGUAACCUGUCUCCUAAUUCCACUAACGCGAAGCUCAAUAACAACGAGUCAAUGUUCAACAGUAAUCUUUAUCCGAAUCAGUCCCCGAAGCAAAUGCGUAACACGGCCACUUCGCCCACCUGUCGAGCCCCAUCGCGAAACGGUCAAUCUAGUCCUUCUCAAGUUCACUCACCAAAGAAUCAUACGUCUCCAACGAACGGCAAUAAGUUGGAGAAUCAUCGUUCCAAGAUGACAGGCUCGAACGUGAUCCAAAAAUACAAUAACUGCGUGAAAAACAAUCAAAACGAUCGACCUGGUCUGCUGCAGACACCGGUAUCUCCAACGAAGUCUGGCCAGGCGUUACAGCACUCGCCAAAGAGUACCAACUUGGCCCAAAAUGCGCAAAACAAUCAACAGAAGUCGGAACAACGUAGGCCGAACACGUUAAACAUUUGCAACAACCAGUGUAACAACACUCAGUGCGGCAAUACCUUAUCCGUAAGCAGACCAGGCUCUAGACACAAGCUGAGACACCAAAAUUCUUCCCAGGGUAGUUUCGACAGCGCCUCACCAUGCCUGUCGCGAGAUAGCAGUACGGAAUUGUACACUGACAGCACUGGGAUAGAUCUGGAGCAUUUCAUUGCGGAAACUAUUAACCGCAAUCAGAAGGAUCGCACGGUGUUGUUGAAAAUAGAGAAGGAUUUAAUAGAAUUCGCGCGGGAUAAGCAGAAAGUUUGUCACAAGUUUCCAAAUAUGUCCUCGUACAAUAGAAUGUUGGUACACCGCGUGGCUGCUUACUUCGGAAUGGAGCACAACGUUGAUCAGUCGGGUUCCAGUGUCAUAGUUACUAGGACGAAGAACAUGCGAAUUCCAAAUACUCGUUUCAAGGAACACAUCAGAGACGAUUUGAUCCUGUCGGAGGAACCACGUCGCAGUAUUCUGAAACGCGAUUCCAGUUCGUUCGAGGACAGUUUCAAUUUCAAGUCUCCUGAUAGACUGUCUGGCGAUUAUUGCCGACAAAACAAGAGUUUCGAGGAACGGGAGGAGGAAUAUGAACGUGCUAGACGAAGGAUAUUCAAGGAUAGUAGUGGAGAGAGCAGCGAGGUUGUUUCAUGGCCUUAUUGGUCCUCUUCGGAAAGUUCUGAUGCUUCUGCGAGAUACCGCUUGUUGCAUCCUUCGGAUCACACGAUGAGGCAAACGAAACUCAUGAAAGGAGAAUCUUUCGAUGGAAGAGAAUCUUGUCGCGGUUCUAUAUUAAGGCCAUCAGUUUCCAAAUCCUUUAGUUUUGGUGGUUACACCAGAGGUAUGCUUUCGAGAGGAGACAGUGUCACGUCUACACAUAGUGCAGGGGCUCGGCUUAUGAAGCAAGAUUCAGGUGCUAGUAUGUGUUCACGACUAAGUCCUUCGAGUAGCGGUUACAAGUCGCAGAGCCAGCGCAGCGAUGCAACGAUAUCUCCUUCUCCUUCGCCAUCUCCCGUGGCAAAUAUGACGUGUAGUCAUACUCAAGUAUCUAGUCAGGAUCUCGCAUCACCAGAGUCAAAUAACCAAACGGUUAUGUGGGCGGUCACCAGUAUAUCCAGUGUACCGCCUGGUAGCAUAAUCAUAAACCCUCAAACCAAUCAGCCAUACACAAAUCCGGACGGUUCGAUUUAUCGUUUCGAUCCGGAGAAUCCACCAAAAUUUUAUACUGCUGCAUCGUCGCAAGAAAAUGACGGAAACAACGUGUCGCCUGUUAAAAACGUAGAAUCAUCCGAGCCAUGCAAAGUUAAUAAUAUAAAAAAUGAAAAUAAAAAGAAAUCACAAUGCAGUAAACAUAGCGGUAGUAAUACAACUACAAUUACUCGAGUGACAAACUCCGCUACGUCACCGAGUUUGCCAUUUACACCUCCACCGCCGCAACAGCAGCAAAACCUAGGACCAUCGCCACCGCAGCUGCAACAGCAACAACAGCAGCAACAUCAGCAACAGCAAACUCUAGUCAAAUCGUCAUCGACGAUGCAAACUUGUAAUCAUAACCAAACAGCUCAACCAUAUUCGACUUAUCCACCUACCUCAGAACCGUACAACCAAGGUGUUUAUCAACCCUCUGUGGGUCAGCAGACUGUGAUGAUGACUCCUCAUCCGAGUCAGAGUCAGGCGAAUGUUCAGAAUAAUGGUCAAGGGGAUGUGUACAAUCAGAAUUCAGUUUAUACGAAUUAUGCAGCAGUACCUGUACAGCAAGGACCAGUAUCACAAACAGAAGUAACUGAACUGUCAGGAUACUUUAUGGGAAUGAGUAUCUAUGAUCAGCGUGUAGCUGGAGAAAAUCAAUCUACACCUCCUCAUUCUUAUCCACAACCACAGCCAUCCGUGAAUCAGACAGUGCAAAGUGUGCAAACGAUGCCACAGAAUUAUUGGCAACCACCACCUAAUUCGAUACCACCCCAACAGACAAUGUAUUUCGUACCUCCACCUGGUACAGCACUUUCGGUUAGUCAGGGUCCAGGUGAUAGGCAACAAUUGCAUCAACAACAAAGAUUCACGACAAAUUAUUCUUUUAAUGCACAAAAUAUGACUCCUCCGAGCCAAUCAAAUUCUAAUUAUGUGGGUAGUUAUCCAGUACCUUACAAUUCGAUGCCUACUGUCACACCAACACCAGGUGAUUAUACGUACCAAGCACCGGUUCACAUGGUCCCCACAUAUUAUCCACCAGGUCAAGCGACGAUUCAACCACCACCUGUCAUGUACAGAGUACCAACUCCACCAAACACUCCAACUUCUAAUCAGAUGUCCGGAAUGCCAUUGAUGUACGUUAACUCUGGCAGCUAUCCCCCACCAACAAUGGUAUCCAAUGGAACUUUUGGUCAUCAAGUCGGACAUAAUGGCACGUCACCUGCGCCUCCUGGAACAUACAUUACUCCCGCGCUGGUUCCUAAUCUCGUUUUCAGGCAAAACGUUCCUGUUGUUGCCGGUGUUCGAGCUUCGACACCAGGUAACUCUCAGAGAACAAGCAGGUCGCCGACUCCAGCACACGAACUCUUCGGAAGUGGGAGCGGGGACAGAAACGCACAACCCCAACCGCGCUACCCACUGCCAAUGUAUCAGGGUGUUCAUAUUGUGCAAGGGGACAUGAGGUUAAUGCAUCCAGGAGUACCAGCUAACCCGCGGUUGCAGUAUGCGCCGGUACCAUCACCACCAGUUGUUCAGGGUUGUCCGCGACCUUACAGACCACCUUCGUACUCGUCGAACACUUCAGGCGCUGGUACACCCACCUCGUUUGAUGGAAGAAAUCAGAAGAUUCGUAAACCGAGGUCCAAAGUAACACAGUUACCAUCAACCGGCACGCGGCCCAAUCUCUAUCAAACACCUUCCAUGCCAUCGCUUUCAUCUAAUGUACCAAAAGAUAUCAGAGAAGAAACACUGUUUUACUUGCAGGGACCGUGAAGGUGACAAUCACCAGUCGAAAUCAACUGGUACAAUAUUAAGUACCUGGGCCAAUUGAGGAACGAAAUACCGGCUGAACGUGAUGAAAAGACAAUUGAUUCGUUGCAAGCUGAUACACCAAGAAACUGGAAUGGCAGCUCGUGGUUCAUCGAUACACACACAUCUACACAGACACACAAGCACACAAUGAUUCUCAUUAUUAAUAUUAACUAUACUUUUAAAUAAAUAUUUAAGAGAAGAGAAUAUAUAAAAAGCACACACUGAUAGAGUAUAAAAUUCACGUGUUACAAAAUUGAGAUGAAGCAAACAAGAACGAAAAACACCUUUAUGAUAACGAAGAAACGGUUAUGCGCGUAUCUUUUGAUAAAGAAAGAUGGAAAGAUUACGAAAAUAUCAAUAUAUACCAUGUUGAAUUCGUUCACAGUAUUUAAACAGAAAAAGGUCUAUACAGGUUGAUUCAAAAAAGAAAGACAUACCGAAGAAAUGGAAAUUCUCUAUAGUAAAAGAAAUCGAAAAGACUUUUAAAGUUUUGCUAUUUCUAAAGAUUCGUUUUCGAGGUACAAGCAAUUACAAAUUGAGGUGUCCAAACUUCAACUUUUCGAUCUUUUUAAUCAUAGAGAAUUUACAGUUGUAGAGUGCAUAUAUUUUUUGAGACAGCCUGUAUUUAUAUGUAUGGAAAGAGAAGGUUUAAUGAAUGCGUUGUUUUCGCUAUAGAGCACGAUUAGACACAGUGGGUACACACCGAACAGAGUUACUGAGCAGAAUUUUAACUAUUACAAUUAUUAUAUAUAUAUUAUAUAUAUAUAUAUACAGUAUAUUAUAUCUGGAGAUAUUUUAAUCGCGGUUUUACAGAUACUAUAUGAAUGUGAGAUUUACUUUUAAGGAAAAAAGGUACUUUUAAAAGUGAAUACAGAUAAAAAUACACAGGGAUUGCUUGUACAUACAAGAUCCGUGUGUAAUAAUGAUAAAACUAAUGUACGAGUAUUACAGAAUACACGACAUACUGAGUACGUUUACAGCAACGGCUGAAAUCCAAUCGAAAUCUCUGGAUUUGGCUCUACGUUCUUCUUUAAGGAAUGAUCAUUGCUCACUGAUUCUUCUAUGUACUGCCACCAAACGGUUGCGUCAAUCUCUUAAAGAGAGCAACAGCGAAAGAAAGAAAAGAAGGGAAAGUUGCUGCCAGUUGCGAUUCGUGGCCACACGAUCAAAUUAUUUGCUACCUCAAUUUUGUAUCGAAAACGUUUUAGUCUGUAUCGGCCUUUUACAGAGUUACAAACUCUCAAAGAAAGCUUUUGAUUCUUUUUUUCCGGGGAAAGUACCGACGAAUUCAGGCAUAUUCAUCGAAUAUUCUUUUUUUGCGCUGAUCAUUGAUGUUCUUAUGAUCCAAGUCACUUCUGAUCUCUGUACGAUUACUUUAGUACAAGUUAAUGUAACUCGAUCGAACGUGUAAACGUAUUCAGUACAUGGUCUAUGUAACUAGUUCGACACAGUAGUUAAGUAGCGCGAAACCAUCACAGCUUGGUAUCACGAAAAGAGAAUCAGUCUCUGAAAUAUUUUCAAUUUCGUUCCUUUGUUUUCUUCUUUCAUUUUGUCCGUAUUAGGGAAUUGAAAAGUUUAGUCGAAUACGAGACGUGAUAUUUUAUUUCCAAAGAUCAACGUGAAACGCGAAAGCGUUCACAAUGUUAACUAUGAUUCGUCUUCCAAGCUUCACAGCACGCUUCUGUAUCUUAUAGAUGUCUGAGCUACGUAAACAGGUAUACGUUCUACGAAGAAUUAAUAUGUAUAUCAGUUCGUCAGCGGUGAUGGUAACGCGUGAUCGUCGUAAUUAAUAAUGUCUCCGUCUGUGAAAACAAAAUUGAAUCUGCGGAUCAACGUAGACGAUUCUUGCGUCUCUUAUAAGUUAUUGCGUUCUAUACUUUGUUAAUCGUUCAACGUUUUUUUAAUUCAUGUAAACGCUAAAGGGUGUAAACACUGUUCGACUUAAGUUUCGUUCAGCGAGAGGUGUAUGUUGUUCCGCAGGGGAUAAACCAAGUGGAAUCCAUCCAGAAGCUUCGCUUACGGUGAUUGUACUUCAGGACGUAGGUGAAGGGUGUGCCUAUCUUUUUAUGAAAAGUCAAGCGUCGAAGAACGCGCGCAAUCGCUACCUUUUAUCUACCCUACGACAACAAGCGAACUAAAAAGGAGAGGGCACUAUUACUUUCUUCUUAAGUGGAAGCGUGAUAAAUUAAAUUAAAAAUGUUGUAGGUUAAAAAUCGCUGGACAAAACAUGAAAGAAAGAGAGAGUGAGUGUGUGUGUGUGAGAGAGAGAGAGAGAAAAUGUAUGCGAGACCUGAGCGGAGGAUAUCUAACGUUUCAAUUAUAAAGAGAUGGGCGCACAACCGUAGUGUUUAAUUGUACCUAAAGUCGUCGUAGUGAUUAAUGAAGAUAAUUGUACCUAUAAAACAAGAAGACAGUUCACGAAUCUCUCUAAGACACGAUUAAAACAAAAAGAGAUAAAUGAAAUAGAAUUAUCGGCUAUCGAAGAGAGAAACCGUCUGCAAAUAUCGUUUAAUGUAUCGUUACACCAAGUUAUCAGGAAAGGAUCAAAGCAAAAAGAACAAGGAUCUACAGCGUGAUAUAAUUUAAGGAUAAACGGUAAUUUGCAGAUAGUUGGACUUAGGUCUAACUGCCGAACGAAAGUCAUCAUCGCAAUUGCACACUCACGUUUAUUUAUUUUUCAUUUUGCUCGCCGUACGCUUUUAUCAGAACGUUUGAUGCAUUUGCUGCGCUCGUAACUCACAAUUAACCUUUUCUUUGCGGCGUUUAUUGUGCAAUGUCAAGACGUGGCAGGCUAUUUAUUUAUUAUUUAUUUUAGGUGACGAGUAAAUUGCUCACUCCGAAGUUCAACGAUAAUCAUAGAAAAUUACGUAUCUACCGUUCUGUUUUUUCCUGAAAGAUGGGUCAGCAGAUGCAUCAAGCGAAUCACGAGUGAUUUCAUAACUUCGCCUGGGCUAUUUCUAAAAAAAGAGGAGAAAAGAAGAAAGGGAACGUCGAGGAGAUCGACUCGAGGAGCAGUGAACUAGCGAUAGAAGAAUACGAUCGAAAGAAUGAGUGAUAAAAGUCGAAAUUAUAUGUUCGCAAGACCUCAACGUUCGUUUCCUACUAUUUUUGUAUGCAUAACGUAAAAAGGAGAUUGAUGGUAGUGAGAAUAAGGAGUUCAUGUAUGAGAGAGAGGGAGAGGAUGAUCGAAGCGACGAAGAAACAUAAUUGAGGAUGAGAAUUGAGUGAAAGUUUGGAGCUUUUCAUUUUUUCAGGAUUUGCAUCUUCCUGAUCACCUUCCGUUGAUCGCGUCGCCCAUAUGCCUUUAUAAGAAGACAUUUGUUUUUCGAGCUUUGUAACACUUUGAUGGCCAACGUCACGUAUUCAUGAUUAUUCCAAUUUGAAAACUGAUAAUUUUAUAGCGUGCUCUCAACAAUUUGCUAUUCGAUAAAAAAUUGCAACAGUCAUUAAUCGUGUAAAGUAUGCGGCCAUCAAAAUGUUAAGCCGAGAUCAUUUUUUGCACUCAGCUCUGAUUGUUGAUAUUAACCCUUUGCUACUCCAACUAUACCUCUCAGGCACAUAUCUGUAGUAUCUUUAUUCGAGUACCUUUCGGAAAUAAUCGUAGCUACUAUUUUUCUUACGCUUCGUGUUAAAAGAAUUAUUUUGUACAAUGAAUAUCGCAUGGCAUGAAAGAUCGGAGUGCAAAGGGUUAAAGAAAUAAAUGUCGGAUAAGAGAUCGGUAACUCGCAUUAUCUCGCAUUAAUUUUGAACUUCUUUUUGAAACCACUGUGCGGGACACAGGAAACAGACAUCGAUUCAUUCGUUACCGAUCUCUUCAAUCGUUAGCUGGCGUGAACUCAUUGUCUAGUUAAAGAUCGAAAAAGUUGAAACGGUGAUUAUAUUUGAAAGUAAAUUAUUUACGAUCUCGAUUGAAUUAACGAGGACGAGUUUUGAACAAGGUGCAUAAUUGCCUUCUUCGUGAAAUACUUGAUUAAUUUAUCGUUUCUUUAGUUGAAGAUAUCGAAUGGAUAGGAACAAACGAUGGCUGUGCCUUUAUGCUUAAAUGUUAUAUUUUAGACUUUUUAUUUAAUCUCGUUGUUCCUCGUCCUCCGUCGAAUGAUGAAUCAACCGAAGGUACUUUAUAUUUCUUAAGAGAGAUUAAUGGAUCGUCAAAUAUAUUCACCGAUCAUAGGGUACCGGAAUGAUAUGAGAACUCUUUGAGACUCAGAGCAAUUUCUUAUAAUAUUAAGUUAACAGAGUGUGUCGUAUUUAAAAUAUGCAGUGGCGAUUAAUGCAAAGUCCGAAGCAUUAUAAUUUUGGUCAUACUUUAGUUCAUGAACUUGUGAUUUGCUGUAUUUUUGUAUAAUAUGAGCGAAAUAAAUAGAUUUUGAUUCUCAAAGAGUAGUAAAAGGUAGUUGAUGGGACGCGUGAGUGUGCGUGUUGAAAAAGAAGGGAACACAAUGAGGAACAUUACCAGAAAAUGGAAGGAUUCGUUUAUAAUAUGGAUCGCGAAGGUGACCGAGAAGGUGAACUGCAAUUAGGAAUCGCAUGGUGGAAACAAAGAGCUAUACUACCAACCCAAAGAUGCACAACAUCAUAGAGAGUCGGACAAUUUGAUAGAACUCAUGUCAGUCUAAUUAUAUUUCUUGUUAUAUUAUAUACAUAUAUAUAUCAUAUUUUCCAAAAACGAAUUAUAUAUAAUUCAAUAAAAAAGAAGACACUCUCGUUUGAU